GUCCAAACGGUCAAGUACUUAGAAGCAAUUUAGCUUUGCAGCUUUCCAAUAGUCAAUCAAAAUUAAAGUAGCAACAAAAUGAAAUUCGCCAUCGCAGCCGUCUUCACUUUGGCACUCGCCAUGGGUGUUCAAUCGUCGAUUCUGCCACUGUUGCCUGGCCUAACACAAAUCGCCGGACACGGACUCUCUUACACUGCCGUCUCUGGACCAUUGGCCGUUCCCAUUGCUGUGCAUGGCCCAGCAGCCGUCAUCGCUGCCGCUUCACCACCAAUCGUUGCCGCCCAUGGACCUAUUGUCCAUCAAGUAGCUCACGCACCCGCUGUAGUGGUCGAUCAUGGCGCUCCAGUGCCCGGUGGUGCUUAUGUUGCACAAACUCGUGGUGCUGUGCAUACUGCUCCAUUGCCAGGACACAUUUCCUCAGUGGCUAAUGUGAAUGUUGCUCCAGCACCAGGCACUUUGUAAACGUAGUCAUUAUUCUAGCUGCCCAUUCGACUGCCUACUCUUCGUUUCCCCACAACUGCUACUGGAAUAUUUAGUUAAUUUGUUGCGUAGUGGUGACACGGCUUACUCUAUAAGGACCUGAACGAGAAAUACAUACAUACAUAUGUAGCUGAGCACAAAAGUGAAGUUGAAACACAUAACUGCCAACAAUGUCAGCGAUAAAGCACACUUGUACAUAUGUACAUAUGAAACUGUGUGCAAAACAAAAUAUACGAAACGAGCAAUAAAAAACGUACUGGUCAAAUUCCAUAACAUUCAUCUCUGCAACAACAAAUGCAAACGCAACAAUGCAACGAACAUUCAUUCGUGUCUCAUACAUACUUACAAAUCAUUCCCAUUGCACCAUAUCCAUUGCGCAUUCCCCCCUUUUGUUUGUAGGCAAUAUCGUAAUUUCCUUUUUCCAUCGAAGCUUACUUUUGUACAAUGAAUAUUUCUUCUUUCUGCACAUACUUUUAAAAAAGUAAAGUUGUAAAUGAAUAAAACGAAUA